GCCCUCAUAUCUACCAUCACAUGGCUUUGUUUCCUAUGAAUACCUGAAAUUUAAUAAUUCAUUGAAGGGACUGUCUCUAGGCCUUGUGAUUAUAUAUUCAUCCCAAUUCCAUUGCCUCAUAUCAAUCUCAACAGCUUCAUUUAGCAAUUAGAGCUCUAAGACCUAAAACUUCCCUCUCUUUCCUCUUUCAUCUGAGCCUUCCCUACUACACAAAGUAAAGCAAGAUGAUCAGCGCCAAGAAGCUUACCAAGUUGGCAAGAAAAUGGCAAAAAAUCGCUUCAAUGAGGAGAAAAAGAAUCACAUUACAAGGAACCACCAGGGGCGCUGAAACAAACAGUUGCAGCACAUCACCGGUGGUCGACAAGGGUCACUUUGUUGUAUACAGCAUGGAUCAUAAGCGCUUUGUUCUUCCUUUGGAAUAUUUAAAGAACAAAAUUGUGAUGGAGCUAUUCAACUCGGCAGAAGAAGAGUUUGGGCUACCAGGCGAUGGGCAUCUCAUCUUGCCUUGUGAUGCAAACUUUAUGGAAUAUGUAAUUGCUCUCAUCAAAAGGAAACCGAGUAAAGAAGUGGAGAAAGCAUUGAUCACAUCUGUAAGCGCCGGCUGUUGCUCAUCAUCAUAUCUUUAUCAACAAGAAAUGAGCCAUCAAUUUUCAAUAUACAGCUUCUGAAGCAAUUCCACAUCUUUGUAGAUUAUAAAUUAUAUAAAGCAAAAACAUCAAAAUUUUUGUCUCAUGCUUAGUUGUCUUGAACUUUGAUAUGGAACUUACUUAUUAUCUAC